UCGACCGCUAUUCCACGUAAACAGUGCAGAACGGCGGCGGUCAGUUCCAGGCGGGGUGUUGUGGAUAUUUCAUGCUUUUACUCUUCUAUAUUACUAUUAACGGAGGAAUAAGAGGGGCUGGUGGUGAAGGUAAAGGUACAGAACCGGGUUUUUAGCGCCAGGAAGGGGGAGAUCAUGGAGCUGGAGGACGGAGUGGUGUACCAGGACGACCCGGCCACGGCGGCGAUGAUGUCGGAUCGGGUGUCGGGCCUGGCCAGGUCCAUCUACCGCGAGUUCGAGCACCUGAUUGGAAAAUACGACGAGGACGUGGUGAAGGAGCUGAUGCCGCUGGUGGUGGCCGUGCUGGAAAACCUGGACUCGGUGUUCGCGGAGAACCAGGAGCACGAAGUGGAGCUGGAACUGCUGAAGGAGGACAACGAGCAGCUGAUCACACAGUACGAGAGGGAGAAGGCGCUGAGGAAACUCGCCGAGGAGAAGUUUAUCGAGUUAGAAGACUCUCAAGAGCAGGAGAAGAAGGAUCUGCAGAACAAUGUGGAGAGGAUGGGCUCACAAUCACGCCAGCUGGAACUCAAACUCAAGAACUAUACUGACCAGAUAAGCCGAUUGGAGGAGCGGGAAGCAGAACUUAAGAAAGAGUACAACUCCCUGCAUCAGCGACACACAGAGAUGAUUCAUAACUACAUGGAACAUGUAGAGCGCAUUAAAAUGCAGCAGAUAACUGGAGGAGAGGCCUCAGAUUCAGGAACCCUGGGAAGGAUCAGGAAAGAGCGUCCCCUCUCCCUGGGCAUCUUCCCCAUGUCUGGUGGUGGAAACAACUCCCUGAUUCCAGACAUCCUGGGCCGAGCGGAGACUCCAGGAACUGAAGGCUGGAGAUUUAAAGACAUCAGCCAGACACAUUCCAACACCAGCCUUAAGCAGGAAACAGAGGAUCCUUUAAAGAAAAGCGAGGUUAUUAGUGCACAGGAGGCUUGGGGAAAUAUGCUGGGAGAUGACUGCAAGGACGAGCUCUUGGGCUCUAGGUCUGUCACCCCCAUGUCCACCACAGCCUCAGAACCAGGUUUGGACUGCCAGCGGGAGGAGGGUGAUGGUUCCAGUCGAAGUGCUGAGGUUCAGGCUGCUCCGGGUACCUGCUCAGUUUCAACAGGUUUGAUGGAGAAUGAGGACAAAUCUGAUGUGCAGGCUAUUAUUGAGUCCACACCGGAGCUUCAGCUGGACCUGAGUGGUUACAAAGGUUCCAGCACACCAACUAAAGGUAUUGAAAACAAGGCGUUUAACCGGAACACAGACUCUCUGUUUGAGGAACUAUCAUGCGCAGGUUCUGGUCUUAUUGGGGACGUGGAUGAAGGAGCUGAUCUGUUGGGCAUGGGAAGAGAAGUGGAAAAUCUCAUUUUGGAAAACACACAGUUGCUGGAGACAAAAAAUGCGCUGAAUGUGGUGAAGAAUGACCUGAUUGUCCAAGUGGAUGAGCUCUGCUCAGAGAAGGAAGUUCUUCAGGGUGAACUGGAGACAGUCCUACAAACCAAGGCCAAACUGGAGGAGAAGAACAAGGAGCUCGAGGAAGAGAUCAAGAAACUUCGAACAGAAAUGGAAAAUGCCAAACAGAAUAACAAAGAUGAAGAUGAGAGUGACGUGCCCACGGCUCAGAGGCGCCGCUUCACAAGAGUGGAGAUGGCACGUGUGUUGAUGGAGAGGAACCAGUACAAAGAGAGACUGAUGGAGUUACAGGAGGCAGUGAGGUGGAUAGAAACGAUCCGAGCUUCAAAGGAAAGUCCUGCGCUCUCCGAGAAGAAAAAGAAGUCCAACAUCUGGCAGUUCUUUAGCCGCCUGUUCAGCUCCUCUUCGUCCAGCAGCAGCACCAGCAGCACAGUGAAACCUUCCCCAUCCAAUGUAAAGUACAACCCGCCCAGUGGCAUGAGGAAGAGCAGUACCUUCUCCCAGUUUCCCACAGAACGCUCCAAAGACUUCGAAUUCCUCAAAGACGAUGUGAACCUGUGCAUUCCACCAUCCCGUCGGGAGCAGAAGAAGGCUGAGUACAUGAAGGUUAAAGCCCACGUGCAGAAGGUGGACGGGCGAAUGGUGGCUCAUGGCUGGAGUCUUCCCAGUAAAUGCAAGGUGGCAAAUGGUGGUCAAGCAGAGAGCAAGAUGAAGAACUUGCCUUUGCCUGUGUUCCUGAGACCCUUGGAGCAGAAUGAUGCUUCUAUGAAGCUGUGGUGUGCGGCUGGUGUGAACCUCUCAGGUGGUGGGACGUGUGAAGCCCUCUCAGGUGUGUGCACUGACGAUGAGAGCUCUGCACAGAGAAAAGGAUCUCAGAGCAGCUUGGACCAGCUGGAACAAGAUCCUAAGGAGCAGGAGCGAGAGGUGUUGCAGGCAGAAAUUUCCAGCCGUGUUUGGAUAUGCACCAGCACGCCCUCGUCCACCAAAAUCAUAAUCCUGGACAUCACGCGGCCAGACGAGCUGCUGGACAGCUUCUACGUCUGCAAUUCGCAUGUACUGUGUAUCGCCAGUGUGCCAGGUAUUCUGGAGACUGACUACCCUGCUGGAGAAGAGGUUCCUCAGGAUUCAGAGACAGGGCUUGAAGGUUCACUGACGGGCAGCAUGACAAGUACCUGCUCACAAGGCAGUGAUGGAGCACCGACUGGCAUCUCAGCAGUUGGCUGUAAAACAGAGGGGGUGGGAUCUGGCAUACAGAUUGGCAGCACGGGGACGAGUGAGCUUCCAAGAGAGCUCAGUCCUGACCGGGGCAAAGUGGAAUUAUCUAGCGAACCGAGUCCCAACGAGGACGGCGUUCCCACAGCAGAGGAGGCCACUGAAGCUACAGAGGAAGAACAUGAGACGCCGGGCACAGACACCAGCCAGCCUGGCAUUUAUACUGAGCAUGUAUUUACAGACCCGCUGGCAGCACAGCACACUGAGACCUCUUCAGCCACAGACAGCACAAGGGAAACUGGUCAGGAAAGAGAUAGUGAAACAUCACCAGGAAGCGAACAGGAUCAAACCACAUUAGAAACACAGAGAAUGAGCAGCACCUUGCCUACCAUGUGGUUGGGAGCUCAGAACGGCUGCCUGUAUGUGCACUCCUCUGUGGCCCGAUGGAGAAAAUGUCUCCAUGCAGUUAAGCUGAAGGACUCCAUACUUAAUAUUGUCCACAUUAAAGGCCGAGUGCUGGUCGCUCUUGCUGAUGGUACACUAGCUAUCUUUCACAGAGGUGCAGACAGACAAUGGGAUUUAACAAACUAUCACCUGCUGGAUCUGGGGCGGCCCCAUCACUCUAUCCGCUGCAUGACAGUGGUGCACGACAAAGUGUGGUGCGGUUACAGAAACAAAAUCUACAUCAUCCACCCAAAAGCUAUGAAGAUUGAGAAAUCAUUUGAUGCCCACCCACGGAAGGAGAGUCAGGUGCGUCAGCUGGCCUGGGUGGGUGACGGUAUCUGGGUCUCUAUCCGCCUGGACUCCACCCUGCGCCUCUUUCACGCACACACUUUUCAGCACCUCCAGGACGUAGACAUUGAACCCUAUGUCAGCAAGAUGCUGGGCACAGGUAAACUCGGCUUCUCGUUUGUAAGAAUCACAGCUCUCAUGGUGUCCUGUAAGCGGCUUUGGGUCGGGACAGGGAAUGGCGUCAUCAUCUCCAUCCCUUUAUCAGAAUCUAACAAGAGUGUUGGAGCGAUAGCAAGUCGUCCUGGAGGAGCAGUGCGUGUGUUUGGGAAUGAGAGUACAGACAAUGGGAUGCCAGGCUCCUAUGUGCCCUACUGCUCUAUGGCUCAUGCGCAGCUCUGCUUCCAUGGUCACAAGGAUGCAGUCAAGUUAUUCAUCUCAGUACCAGGUCAAGUUAUCCCUCCUGCAUGUGUGACCCCAGACUCAGACACUUCAUCCUCUGACAGUCCCUCACAGGAGCAGCAGUCCAGGUUCAUGCUGGUCAUGAGUGGAGGAGAGGGCUACAUCGACUUCAGGAUGGGUGAUGAAGAUGGAGGAGGAGCUGAGGAUGAGGUACCACUGGAACCCACCGUGAAGCUGCAAUCCGCUUCAAGUAAAGCUGAGCGCAGCCACAUUAUUGUCUGGCAGGUUGCCACCAAUGAUGAAUGACCGGCCAAUCACUGCCUCAGUUUUAACAGAGAACUUUGCCCCGAUAUUGCCCUGCAUGGGACACUGUUUCAUUUUUUGUAAUGUCAUUUCCAUUAUAGGACAGAGAAAUUCAUUUUGGAACAUUAUAGUUUAAUGAAAAAAAUGUGUUUGUUACUUUGUAUUUUUGUUUAGAACAAGACAUGCAGAUUAAGAGAAUCUUACAGAGGUGAGAUGGAAGAGCAUACGAACUAGAGUAGAUAAAUCCGUCCAGGACUGUAAAUAUUACAGUCUGAAAUGUAGGAACUACUGAAGAAAACAAGCGCUUUGAGUUUACGUGUAGAAUUGCACAUAAUGUUUUAGGAAAGGGACCUGAGGGCUAUAUCACCGUUCUAGCUGAACAUACACAAUUUAAUUUAUUUUGUUUAAGUACCGAUUAUAUUGAAAUAACUUAUAAAAUUAUUGAUAAAGAUUAAAUAUAUGAUUUUGUGCUGUUUAAAUACUAUCAAGGUCGGCAAACUUGCCAUUUUGCAGGUUAGUUUCAUAGUAUAAUAUGCCAGGGUAGCUAAACUAGAGUGCAUCUGGUCUUGGUAUCUGGACCAUAAAAAAGGAAAUUGUAAUAAAACUUGAGUUUUGUGAUUCUAGUAGUAAAAUGGUCAGACUUUAAAGCCUGUAAUACCUUUAAGCCUGAUUUAUCUCAAAGUUAAUCACAAGCGCUGUUUGAUGGUAUAGCCCUCAGAUGUAAGGUUUUUUUGUUGUGUUAAAUUGGUGCAGAACCUCCCUGUGGUGCUGAUGUGCACUGUGACUGGUGUAUGUGUGAUGUUUCUGAAACAUCAGAAAGCUAUUUCAGUUAUCUUGACAUGCAUUGUUCUAGAACCCAAAGGCAUGGUCUGUUUGUGUGUUUGGUGUCCCUCCUGAAUAGAGUUUUGUAUUUUGUUUCUAAUUUUUGUUCGAUUCUGCCUUCCAGGGUAGCACCUUUAUGGCUUAUACACCUCUACAGCUUGCUGGCACUUUAAAAUAGUGACCGACUACACUAGAUCAACACUAACUCAAGAGACCAGACAUUUUUUUGUUCAAAAAGAGGCUUGUCUGUUACCAAAGGUCAAUUUGUAGAACAAAUGCUUAUCAGCCUGUAGUUACUGGCAUGUCAUAUAGGAUUUCUUUGUUGUUUUGCAACAUUCACUACACACUUUUUUAAUGGCAUUGUUUUAUUUUUUUGACAGGGAAUUUAUCAGUUUUUGCUUUGCACCUUACAAUGUUUGUUCCAGUGGUUUUUACAUGUAAUUUUUGUCUUGACUCAUAUUCAAGUGUAUUGUCCAACAUUCUCAAAUGUCGAUAUUUUCUUAUUUUAAUUGGGGUGGGUUUUGUAAACACUAUUUGUGUUGCCUGCACAACAGGCCAAUAUCUGUCUGUAUUUCUAGUUAAAUUAAGAAACAGGAUUUUGAAAGGUUCUGGUUGAGUUUUUUUGUGUUUUUUUAUUUUUUUUUAUUAAUGUAGCUCAGAAAUUGAAUAUUCAUAUACUUAUUACCAUUCCAGUAUUUAUUUUUUCAUAAUGUAUUUUGUGGUUAAGAAUGUAGAUUUGUACAUGAACAUUCUCAGUUUGACAUUUGUCAGACACUCCAGCAGUUUUAUGUGCUGUGUUAUUGCAUUAAUUGUGAAGGGAAUGCAUUAAUACUGCUUUUAAGUAUAACAUCAUGGACUGAAAUGGGUAGGGAAUUUAAAAUAACUUCUGAAUGGACUGUGUAUCGUCUGGAAAUUAACUCAUUCAUUGUACCAAGCUAUGCAUGUUUUUUGAAGGACACUGCUUAUACUGCAUAUUUGUUUAUGUCCCUGAUUAUUGCCACCUUUUUGGGUGGAACAGUUAGUGUGGAUGUGUGGGUGACUGACGUAGAAUCGUGCUGUAGCUCUGCUAGCUGCAUAUGUAUGUGUGAUCAGUCUCUUAAUUCUUACAAGAUGCGCUGUGGUUAUCACAGCUUGACAUUACUGUGGUUUUUCCAUGUUUGAUGUUUGCUAAAACAGCAUCAUAGCCUUAUUUUUAACAAGCUAUUAAACUCAGUUUCAUGAUGAA